CGAUGCGCUCACGCUGCCAACCUCAAUUCACGCGCAGUCUCCUCUCUCUUCUAUAGGCUUGGAUGACAAGACUCGUCAUUGGCUGUCGUGCAAUCUAUCCUGAUCCUGAAAGAGUUGGAUUUUUGAGGUUUAUCUAAACUUGUGUCCUAAAAGGAUCGCUAAGCGAUGAAGUGGUGUGUGUGAGGAAGAACAAUACAAGAGUAGGCUGAGGAUGUCUCUUUGGCACCAUAUGUUUUGGACGCAUCGUGUCUGCAGUUAAAAGGGUUUGAUGUCCAUCUACAGUGUCGUUUUUCCGCGAGUUUUGAGGACAUCGGUCCUGCCUGAAGCGUUUCAGCAGCGAUAACAGCCUGGACUAAGCACGAGCAAUAUGAACGUGUUGGUUGUUUUUGUUUUGUCAACUUUUUGGCUGUGGGAAGCGUCGCGCGCUCGGAGCGUUUUCACGAACCACUGGGCUGUUCGCAUCCCGGGAGGACCAGAAGAAGCGGAGACACUCGCUGCAAAAUAUGGCUUUAAUAAUUUGGGUCAGAUCGGCGGUCUGGAGCAUCAUUACCAUUUCCAUCACAGCAGAGUGGUCCGCAGAUCCACCUUCACCACCAGAGGAGCUCACAGCUUCAUCCACAUGGACCCGAAAGUGGAUUGGGCUCAGCAGCAGGUGGUGAAGUCACGAGUGAAGCGGCACACCAGGAGCAACCACUUUCAAUUCAAUGAUCCCAAAUGGUCCAACAUGUGGUACACUCACUGUAGCGAUAAAAACAACCGCUGUCGAUCAGAAAUGAACAUACUCGCGGCCUGGCAGAGAGGCUACACGGGACGAAAUGUGGUCGUCACUAUCUUAGACGACGGCAUCGAGAGAAGCCAUCCGGAUCUGGCCCAGAAUUAUGAUCAGCUUGCCAGCUACGAUGUGAACGGCAACGACUACGACCCGACUCCACGAUACGACUCCAGCAACGAGAACAAACAUGGGACGCGAUGUGCAGGGGAAGUUGCAGCUGCAGCCAACAACUCGCAUUGCAUUGUGGGUAUCGCCUACAACGCCCGCAUAGGAGGUGUUCGGAUGCUCGAUGGAGACGUGACGGAUGUGGUGGAAGCCAAGUCUCUGGGCAUACGGCCGGACUACAUUGACAUUUACAGUGCCAGCUGGGGUCCAGACGAUGACGGGAAGACCGUGGACGGGCCGGGACCUCUCGCCAAACAAGCCUUUGAACUGGGAAUUAAGAAGGGUCGUAAAGGUCUCGGUUCUAUCUUUGUUUGGGCGUCUGGUAACGGAGGCAGACAGAGCGAUCACUGCUCCUGUGACGGUUACACAAACAGCAUCUACACCAUCUCUGUCAGCAGCACUACUGAAAACGGCAACAAACCGUGGUACCUGGAGGUCUGCGCAUCCACCCUCGCCACCACAUACAGCAGCGGAGAGUUUUACGACCGCAAAAUAGUGACCACAGAUCUGCGUCAGAGGUGUACAGAUGGUCACACGGGUACUUCAGUAUCUGCACCGAUGGUGGCGGGAGUCAUCGCUCUCGCUCUGGAGGCAAAUCCUCUGAUAACGUGGAGGGACGUCCAGCAUCUCCUGGUGAAGACGUCAAGACCGGCUCACCUGAAAGCCAAUGACUGGAAAACCAACGCAGCCGGACACAAAGUCAGUCAUCUUUAUGGCUUUGGUUUGAUUGAUGCCGAGGCCAUGGUGGUGGAAGCCAGGAGGUGGAGAAACGUUCCUGCUCAGCACACGUGCACCAAGAGCUCAGAGCGCCGGACCCGGUACAUCAGAGCGGAUCAGAAGUUAAACAGCAGCAUGACGAGCACGGGCUGCAGUGAACACAGCCAUCAUCACCUCAUGUUUCUGGAACACGUGCAGGUGCGUGUGCUCAUCGUUCAUCCUCGCAGAGGAGACCUGGAGAUCAACCUCAUCUCACCGUCCGGGACACGAUCUCAGCUGCUGGCUCAGAGAUUGUUUGAUAACUCCAACGAGGGCUUUAGGAACUGGGAGUUCAUGACGGUGCAUUGCUGGGGGGAGAGAGCGGAGGGCACGUGGACCCUGGAGAUAACCGACUCGCCCUCUCAGAUGCGUAAUAAAGAGGUGUUGGGUAAGCUGAAGGAGUGGACACUAAUCCUUCACGGCACGUCUGAGCACCCCUACCAAUCCCAGAGUUCCCAUCACGUUCGCUCCAGGAUACUGGAGAUUCCCACGGCAGACAGAGAGAUGAAAAUUCUUGAUUCACUGCCAGGCGUCACUGAGCCAGAAGAGGAGGAAGAGGAGGAAUAUAAUGGAUCUUGUCAUCAUGAAUGUGGAGAUCAAGGAUGUGAUGGACCAGACGCUGAUCACUGUCUGAACUGUGUUCACUUCAGUCUCGGCAGUCUCAAGACUGGCAGGACUUGUGUGAGUCACUGUCCACUGGGUUGCUUUGAAGACGGAGAUGCCAGGCGGUGUAGACGCUGUAGUCGAGGCUGUGAGAAGUGUGUCGGACGUGGAGCCAACGAAUGCAGGUCGUGCAGGAGAGGACUUUACUUUAACUCAGAGGAGAACAGCUGCGCAGAGAGCUGUCCCGCCGGCUAUUACCACGACGAGGGUCAGAGGUGGUGUCUGAAGUGUCAUGAGAACUGUUUAAAAUGCUUGAGAGAUGCAGACAGAUGUACAGCAUGUCACAGUGGCUUCAGUCUGGCAGGAAUGACUUGUGUUCCUGAGUGUGCCAAUGGGACUUAUUUCAACCUGGAGGAAAUGAAAUGCAGCCUAUGCCAUGUCUCCUGCUCCACAUGCACAGGGCCGGGGAUGGAGGAGUGCAUUCAGUGUGCCACUGAUUUCUUACAGCAGGAGUGGCGCUGCGUUCGCACCUGUUCCCCCGGAUACUACAGAGGAGAAUCCACGGGAUACUCACCACGCAUGUGCCGCAAAUGUGAGGAGAACUACCUGAGCUGUCAGGGUCCUGGUACGAGUUGCACGCAGUGUAAGGAUGGAUACAGUCUCGUCAGCCGGACGUGCAUCAUGAACUCCACCUGUAACAACGCGGAUGAAGUGUUCUGCGAGAUGGUCAAGUCGAAUCGGUUAUGUGAGAAGAAACUCUUCCGUCAGUUCUGCUGCAGGACAUGUCUGAUGACCGCCGGAUGAAAGAACCAUUGGAGUGACCUCCUCUCUCUCUCUCUCUUCUGUUGUAUUCUCUAAUGUACAUCAUAAGCUAGUUAUACUGUGAUAGGAAUGAAAAAUCAUUAUUCUCAUUGUAAGAAAACCCCAUUAGGGUGCUGAUUUAAACCAGAUCUAUUUUUAAGAUUCUCUGUUUUUAAACAUGCAGUACAUGUAUAAAUGAUAUAUAUAUAUUCAAAGGCAUCACUAUGAAACCGAUCUUAUAAUAUGAUGAGCACACUGUAUGUGAUGGAAAGCAUCUGGAGCGCUGAUUUCCAGAGACACAGAUUCAUUGGAUGGAUGUUGUCUGAAGUGGUGGUUGGGAUGAAUUGGAAUGUUAAGAGAGACUGACUUUGUGAGGCUGGUUUGACAUGUAACUCUGAACGUUCUGUACAUUUACGUUAUUUGAAGGUGGAACAGGUACACCAGUGAUAUAUAAAUCACUUAUAUCACU